CAAGAAAAUACUGAAAAACUACCACCUGCAGAAAAUGACAAUACUUUAUUCGGGAAAGAAAUAUUUCAAUUGCAACAAGAUUCCGCUUUGCAACAUUCAUUGCCAACAAUGUUUGCAAAACUUGAUGAGACUGUUAAUUCUAAUGAUGAGAAUGAUCAUUUUGAAGUUGCUGAAUUGGAAUUUUUGCAAUCAUGUCAUUCUGUUUCUGAUGGUUCAAAGGAUUCUAAUCCUAUAGAAUUAGAUAAAAUUACAGUUAAAACUUCUAAUGCUACAACGAGUGAAACUAAAAGGAUUGGAAUUUCUGAGAUGCCAUUGAAAAACAUUAUUAAUGAAAAUAAAAAAAAAGAAACAGGAUUUAGAAAAUUUUGAACCUCUACCUUCAGGGUCUAAUGUGAAAAAAAAUUCAGCAUCCUUGUUAGAAAUAAAUAAUUUUUUGUCUAAGUAUUUGAAUCCACUUGAAAGGAAAACUGCGGAAAGCAUUCGAUGGCGAAUUCCUGUAAUGACUUCAGAAAAAAACAAAGAAAACUUAGACAGUCGAUCCAUUUCAGCUGCGUGUGACAAGAAUAUAAAUACCAAAGUUGUUCCUAAUGAUGUUCGGAUUUCUGGACAACCAAAAAUACUAAGCAACGUUGUAAUCCAUAUGAAGGCACCUGAAAAGCAAAAUGAAAUUAUACCAAUAGACACUGAUACAGAGCAGAGAGAUAUUGAUUUAAACGAAGAACUUGCCAAUUAUACUACCUCGCAAUUUGAAAACACUACUGUAGUUAGUGGAGAAAAAAUAAUUAAAAAAAUGGGAAAAAAAGAUGAAAAAAAAUCAAAGUUAAAAAAUGUUAAUACUUUAAAAAGUUUUCCUCUCCGUCCACAUUCAACCAAGCAGUUUGAAGAAACAAAUUUUAAGAAGGAAAUCGAUCUCUCUAAUAAGAAGAAAAAAGGGAUACAUCCACCGCUGGAUAUUUAUGCGAAAAGAUUUAAAAAUAACGGUAAAGAUCAAGAGCAUAUGAGAAAAGCAGUUGAUUGUUUCCAAAUCUCAUAACAGUAGUCUCUUCUUACUACAAUAAAAAAAUGGAAAACAUGCAACUUAAUA